CGUGCACGGUUAUUUGCACUGUUUAGUUAUUGUGCGCUUGCGUACCAAAAAAGGCGUAGUGUGACAUCAAAAGUGAUGCAUGGCCCAGACGAGUUACAAGUGAUUCAUGUCUACACAUUGCUCUAUUUUUUUAUGGCCAGCACCCACAUGUAUAACAUGUGGUAUAACGUUCCCAGCACAUGUCAAGUGCAAAAUUAGUCACAUUUGGUCUGCCGGGUUACAUGCCUUCCUUGUGCCAUCUUCUCUCCACAACAAGUAAUAGAUGAUUGAUGCAAACACAGAACUGCAGCAGUGUUUCAGAUCUCGGAUUGUGACAGUUAGAGCAACAAGCAAAUCAGAUCUGCCAUGAUCGUCGAAGAAAAUAUACAUCACCACAACAAAAACAACGUGCUUACACACCGUGCACCACUGUUCAUCUGAAUCAAGGAUAUAAGCACUGACAAAUAUAACGAAAAGGUAUCAUAGUUCAGAGGACCGUCCAGUAUCGUGCCUACUAUGGAGCAUGGUGACCGUAAACGAUUGGAGGAAGUUUCCGCGUCCUGGCUCCGCGCAUGCGCAAAUUUAUUGACAGUGAUCGCUCCCUCUCGGUUGCUGCAUACCACUUGAAAGUGAAAGAGGGACAACCUGAUUUUUUUUUUUUUCGGCCUAAAUAUAUUCCCAGCUGAGUACACGAGGAAGUCAGUUGUGUAUAGUUUGCCUUUAACCGGCAGUUGUGCGAGUUUAUUGUCAUCUGCAGAUAAAGGUGAACCGCGGGGAAUAAUAAAAUGCUGGCAGGAGAUAGCCGCUGGGUUGGAAUGUAUGGGGAUGCUUCGGCGGCAACCCCGUUGUGUUCACCCUGUUAAAAAUAUCAUUGGUAUUAAUUAUUCAAGCAGAGUGGGAUCGCAUGAGCUGCGGUAAUCCAGCUGGGAGGUGGAUACGGUUCGGCAGGCAGAGGUUACGCGCGCACGGUGUGCGUGUGUGAGAGAGACCGAUAGAGGCCAUGGCCAUACCGGCAACUAGCAAUCAUUCAUACCGCCGCAUAUGGCAGAGACAUCAUUGGCGUCAUUAUCUUCCCAGUGGAAUUAGCGGAUCGGAGCGGACUUUCUGCGGGAGGGUUAGUCGCCGUGUGACGGACCGCGUUGUCAGAAGCGAUACCGCGUCUCGAGAACACUCAAGCGAUGCUGGAAUACAGGUACAUAGUCCUAGACCAUCUGAGGAUGGUGGACACUCAGAUAUGACUGGACCACGGACUUCGGACUGGCAGAGGUUGUGCCUGCUCGUCUUGUGGGUGGUUCUCCUCAUCAGCGGCGUCAGUGCCGUGUCCGCGACGGUCCGGACCCGCAAAGUGGCCCGCAUGGACGGCGAUGUGGUCCUGGGAGCGCUGUUCUCCGUCCACUCUCCUCCCCCGUCCGAGAGGAAAGCCACCCAACGGACUUGCGGUAAGAUCCGGGAGGAAUACGGCGUCCAGCGAGUGGAAGUCAUGAUCAAGACCCUUGAGGAGAUCAACCGGGACCCCACCAUCCUCCCCAAUGUCACCAUCGGGUACGAGAUCCGGGAUUCCUGCUGGUACUCCUCGGUGGCACUGGAGCAGAGUUUGGAGUUUGUCUCCGAUAACAUCGGCGCUACCGGAGCUGGGGGCUCCUCCAGCCGGGAUCCAUUGGCGUCCCGCUCGGCGCUGGACCAGUGCCUCCCCGCUAGUGAUACUGACAUCGGAACGAAGAGCCCUGCUCGGAAACCAAUAGUCGGUGUCAUCGGGCCCGGUUCCAGUGAGGUGGCCAUACAGGUCCAGAACCUCCUGCAGCUGUUCAACAUUCCACAGGUUGCCUACUCGGCAACCAGCAAGGAUCUUAGUGAUAAAACCCUGUUUGAGUACUUCAUCCGAGUCUGCCCGUCUGAUACGUUGCAAGCUCAGGCCAUGGUGGACAUCGUCCUCCGUUACAACUGGAGUUACGUCUCCGCCGUCCAUACUCUCGGUAAGUACAUUUCAGCGUUUUCUGUUACCCUUCCUAAAACCAUCAAAAUCUAA